AUAUAUAAUAUAUUCUAAUGAGAUCCCAUAGACUUUGUAUAAACAAGAGGCAAUACCCUCCUUUUGUCUCUCUUCUCUCUUCCUCUCUUCUCACUUGACAAUGUCGUCGUGGUCGGCAACAGCCUCGCCGCUGCCCUUGCUGUUCCGGAGGCGCUCGAGUGGCGAGAUUAGGAAUUUGGCCUCGGUUUCAAGCAGCAUCUUACCGGCUUUUGGAACCGUCGUCGAUGAAGCCCACUUGCAGCUCAAGAAGUUUGUUAUUGCUCCCUAUGAUAGAAGAUACAGGUGGUGGCAGGCGUUCUUGGUGGUGCUGGUGAUAUUCUCAGCAUGGGCGUCGCCGUUCGAACUGGCCUUCAAAAAGGUGGCGACUGGGUCACUCCUGCCCGUCGAUUUGGUUGUGGAUGCAUUCUUCGCCGUUGAUAUCAUCCUAACUUUCUUCGUAGCUUACUUGGACAAGUCAACCUACCUCUUAGUACUUGAUCACAAGAAAAUCGCUUUGAGGUAUGUUACAAGAAUAUAUUUUCCACUAGACGUAGCGUCAACUCUACCAUUUCAAGUGAUAUAUAGAAUUUUUACUGGCAAUAUGCACCAUCGGCAAGUCUUUGGCUUCAUCAAUAUGCUUCGUCUAUGGCGUCUCAGGCGUGUUAGUGAACUCUUCAAAAGGCUAGAGAAAGACACACGCUUUAGCUACUUUUGGGUUCGAUACAUCAAACUAAUUUGUGUUACACUGUUUGCAGUGCACUCAUCAGGUUGCUUCUACUUCUGGAUGGCAACCCAUCACAAACAAGCAAAGGACACAUGGAUUGGAAGCCAGAUCAACGACUUCGACCACAGAAGCAUCUGGUUGUGUUACACGUAUUCCAUCUACUGGGCCACUGUCACUCUCACCACCGUUGGAUAUGGCGACUUGCAUGCGGUCAACUUUGGGGAGAAGAUUUUUAGCAUCUUCUAUAUGCUUUUCAACAUUGGCCUCUUUGCUUACUUGGUUGGAAACAUGACCAAUCUCGUCGUCCAUAGCGCUGUUCGAACUUUAUUCAUGAGGGAUGCCAUCAAUGAGAUAUUCAGAUAUGCAAGCAAAAACAGACUUCCAGAAGGCUUGAAAGAGCAAAUGCUGGCUCACAUGCAGCUCAAGUUCAAGACUGCAGAGUUGCAGCAAGAAGAAGUGCUUGAAGACCUUCCUAAGGCAAUCAGAUCCAGCAUUUCCCACCAUCUUUUCCGAAAAACCGUCGAGAAAACCUACCUGUUCAAGGGAGUCUCUGAACACCUAACCGUCCAAUUGAUUUCAGAGAUGAAAGCAGAAUACUUUCCCCCCAAAGUUGACAUCAUCUUACAAAACGAAAUCCCAACAGAUUUCUACAUUCUAGUAAAUGAAGCGUUGGACGUGCUCAAGUACAAGAACGGCACAGAACAGUUUUUGUCAAAACUAGGAUCUGCAGACUUGGUAGGAGAGAUUGGGGUAUUUUUCAACAUCCCCCAACCUUUUACGGUGAGAACAAAAAAGCUUUCUCAGGUUAUUCGGAUCAGCCAUCAAUCAUUCAAGCAAAUCGUUCAGUCACAGAAUGAAGACAGCAAGAUAAUAAUCAAAAACUUCAUUGAGUACUUGAAAGACCUGAAACAAGAGGUGCGAGAAGAAAUACCAUUUCUAACAGAAUUGCUCGAUGACCUGAAUAUAGAGCAUAUACAACCAAAUGAACCAGUGAAUUACCAAGGAGAAGCGAACAUGGAAGAAACAAGCGAAAAUUUCACUCCAGGGCCAAUUCCUAUGAGAGUCAUAAUUCACGGACAUCAUCCAGAUGAAGGUGACACGAACGGAAAACUCAUUCAUUUGCCCAAGUCAAUGGAAGAGCUUCUGAAAUUAGCAGAGAAAAAGUUUGGAAAAAGAGGAAGCACAGUUGUGAUGGCAGACGGCUCACAGGUCGAAGAGCUAAACGCAUUACGAGAUAACGAUCGCUUGUUUAUCUUUUAAACAGAGACACUACGUAUUAAGGAAUGAAUGGACGAAUGACGACUAAUCAAUCGGUUUCGGCCAUCUUCUAAACGAACUUUUAUAAUGUAAUUCGUGGAAAAUAUGAAGAUUCAAGAACUUACAGCAUCUGUGCAUUC